AGGAGGUGUCUGCUGCAAGUUCCUGGCUGCUUGCAAGCUCACCCCAUCCUCCGAGAGGGAGGAGGCCGAGUGGUGAUGCUGCUGCUUCUGUCGCCUCUUCUGCUGCUACUCUAGCGGGGCUGGAAGGGUGGUUCCUAUUCGCACCGUCGCCGACCGGAGAGGGAGUGGAGGAAAAAAAUCCUAGCCGCAGCAGCUGCUGAUGUUGGAUUUCGAGGCUGCAUCCGACUCGGUCGCAAAGAAAAUGGAUUCAGUUUGCACCUCUCCCUCCUUUCAACAGCUUCGCCGGGUCUCCGCAGGGGCUUCCAAGGCAGCAGCUGAGGAGACCUUGUCAAAGAGCACCACGCAGUAGAUGCUGAAACACCGCACUCCGGGUUAAGAAGCAGUAACAUGGCAGCCCCUGUUUGAAAGGAAGUAAGAACCAACAGACUCCAUUUCGAAAGGAACAAUGUCCAAGAAAGGGCGAAAUAAGGGCGAGAAGCCCGAGGCGCUCGUUGUUGCCCUCCAAGCUGCCAAUGAAGACCUCAGGACAAAGCUCACAGACAUCCAGAUAGAGCUCCACCAAGAGAAGUCCAAGGUAUCUAAGCUGGAAAGAGAGAAGACACAGGAGACCAAGCGGAUCCGGGAGCUGGAGCAGCGCAAGCACACAGUCCUGGUGACGGAACUCAAAGCCAAGCUCCAUGAGGAGAAGAUGAAGGAGCUGCAGGCCGUGAGGGAGAAUCUCAUUAAACAGCACGAGCAGGAGAUGGCAAGGACGGUGAAGGUGCGGGACGGGGAGAUCCAGAGGCUCAAGUCAGCCAUGUGUGCUCUCCGGGAUGGCAGUAGUGACAAAGUAAGGACAGCGCUCACCAUUGAGGCCCGGGAGGAGGCCAGGAAACUGUUCGAUGCGGAGCGCCUUAAGCUCUUACAGGAAAUUUCGGACCUGAAAACUGCCAAGAAGCAGGUGGACGAGGCUCUGAGCAAUAUGAUCCAGGCAGAUAAAAUCAAGGCGGGGGACCUGCGGAGUGAGCAUCAGUCCCACCAGGAAGCCAUCUCGAAGAUCAAAUGGGAGUCGGAGCGGGAUAUCCGGAGGCUGAUGGAUGAAAUCAAAGCCAAGGACAGGAUCAUCUUUUCCCUGGAAAAGGAACUGGAGACCCAAACUGGCUAUGUACAGAAACUCCAGCUGCAGAAGGAGGCUUUGGAUGAACAACUCUUUCUGGUCAAGGAAGCCGAGUGUAAUAUGAGCAGUCCAAAACGAGAAAUUCCAGGCAGAGCAGGAGAUGGCUCUGAGCACUGCAGCAGUCCUGAUUUACGAAGAAAUCAAAAAAGGAUAGCCGAAUUGAAUGCCACUAUACGAAAAUUAGAAGACAGAAAUACUUUGCUUGGAGAUGAACGAAAUGAAUUGUUAAAACGCGUGCGGGAAACUGAAAAACAGUGUAAACCUCUUCUGGAAAGAAAUAAGUGCCUCGCCAAGAGAAACGAUGAACUGAUGGUAUCUUUACAGCGCAUGGAGGAGAAACUAAAAGCCGUCACGAAGGAGAAUUUAGAAAUGAGAGAAAAAAUAACAUCCCACCCACCCUUGAAGAAAUUAAAAUCUUUGAAUGACCUUGACCAAGCUAAUGAAGAACAAGAAACAGAGUUUCUAAAACUUCAGGUCAUUGAGCAACAGAACAUCAUUGAUGAACUCACGAGGGACCGAGAAAAGCUCAUCCGUAGGAGAAAGCAUAGAAGAAGUUCCAAACCAAUUAAGAGGCCUGUUUUGGACCCCUUUAUUGGAUAUGAUGAAGACUCCAUGGAUUCAGAGACAUCAUCCAUGGCCUCAUUUAGAACAGACCGAACACCAGCGACUCCUGAUGAUGAUUUGGAUGAAAGUUUAGCUGCUGAAGAAUCUGAGCUACGAUUUCGACAGUUAACUAAAGAAUACCAGGCCCUCCAAAGAGCAUAUGCCCUCCUGCAGGAGCAGACUGGAGGCAUCAUUGAUGCAGAAAGGGAAGCCAAGGCACAAGAACAACUCCAAGCUGAGGUGCUAAGAUAUAAAGCCAAAAUUGAAGAUCUGGAAGCAACCCUGGCUCAAAAGGGGCAGGAUUCACACUGGGUAGAAGAUAAGCAACUUUUCAUUAAGAGAAACCAGGAGCUUUUAGAAAAGAUAGAAAAACAGGAGGCAGAAAACCACCGAUUACAACAGGAACUACAAGAUGCCAGAGACCAGAAUGAGCUGCUGGAAUUUCGAAACCUAGAACUGGAAGAAAGAGAGAGACGAUCUCCUCCAUUUAAUCUACAAAUCCACCCAUUCUCAGAUGGUGUGAGUGCUCUACAAAUAUACUGUAUGAAAGAAGGUGUCAAGGAUGUAAAUAUUCCGGAUCUUAUAAAACAGCUUGAUAUCUUGGGUGAUAAUGGGAAUUUAAGGAAUGAAGAACAAGUGGCCAUAAUUCAGGCUAGUACUGUGCUGUCCCUGGCAGAAAAGUGGAUCCAGCAAAUUGAAGGAGCAGAGGCUGCCUUGCACCAGAAAAUGAUCGAACUGGAAAGUGAUAUGGAGCAGUUCUGCAAAAUAAAAGGCUACCUAGAAGAAGAACUAGACUACAGAAAACAGGCUCUCGAUCAAGCAUAUAUGAGAAUCCAGGAGCUAGAAGCUACUCUGUACAAUGCUCUGCAGCAAGAAACUGUUAUCAAGUUUGGUGAAUUACUAAGUGAAAAACAGCAAGAGGAGCUGCGAACAGCAGUAGAAAAGUUGCGGCGGCAGAUGCUGAGGAAGAGCAGGGAGUAUGACUGCCAGAUUCUGCAGGAGAGAAUGGAGCUCUUACAGCAGGCGCACCAGAGAAUUCGUGAUUUAGAAGAUAAAACAGAUAUACAGAAAAGACAGAUAAAAGACUUAGAAGAAAAGUUUCUGUUUCUAUUCUUGUUCUUCUCUCUUGCCUUUAUUCUAUGGCCUUGAUGUCAAGGUGCCUCUUAAAGAGUAAUCGAAAACAUGGAUAAGAUCCCAGAAAGACAAAUGCUUCUAAAACCUUCAAAGAUGGCAAAAAUGUUUACACCAGUAAGAGGGAGAUCAAAAGCUAAGAACUACUCUGUAGCCAGGACUACAACUGUGCAUUUUAAAGCCAUUCUUCAAGGUUUCUAACUUGACAGUUCCUACAUGACCCUGUUGAGAACUACAAUAUAUGCUGCAUUUAAUGAAACAUGUAUAUGUCAAACCAGAAGAAAAGAACUAUAAACAUAUUGUGUAAAGAAAAAAAUCAACAAUGGAACCAGUUUCAGCAGAUCAAGCAAAAACGUGUCUUGGGCAUGGAACCAAAGUUACAAAAACAUUCUACUCCUGCUGUGCAGGGGGGGUCAUUUUAAUGUAACACCACAUCCCAUGGAAAUACUAGUCCUGAAAUAAACAUCAUUUUAAAAAAAUCAAAACAAAGACAAGGGAGGGUGGGGAAUGAAGCACGAAUACCUAUGAGGAGCUAUUUACAAUAAAAUAUUUCAUUUGAAAAGUCUGGUUUCUUACUACAGGGAUUCGCUUUUCUGUCUCUAUUAUUGUUUUAAACUCAGGAACAGAGACAUCUGCAAUGUGAACAGGAAGAAAAGCAUUUUUUUCCCUGCUAAAGGUGGAGUUUGUGGAAUUCAGAUGACAGAGGAUCGCUAUGACCAACUAAACUGGCAACCAAGACAAAGAACACAGAAGAACGUAACAUAGAAAUAAAAGUGGAUUUGAUACUUCCUUGGCCUUCUAUCACAUCUGUGUUCCUCCACAAACAACAGACUAAUCUCAUUCAUAUUGAAAAUUAAGAAGAUUAUGCUCUAAAUCACAAACUCCCUGUCUUAGUUCUGUUUAGAAUGCCAACACCUAUAGGGGACACAGGCCAGAGAGCAUUUUAUGCAUCUUUUAAUUUCCAGAAUACUGGAUUUUCAAAUGGCUAUUUAAAAUUGCCUGCAAAUAAAUACAUUAUAUGAUAAAGGCAAUAAGUAAACUUCUGCCUAUACUUGAGUUUGCCACAGAGUUGUGAAUAUUAAAGUGUGAUUAUUUUUUUUAAAGUAUCCUGAUAUACCCAGAACAUUCUGACCUCUUGUAUACAUUUUUCCAGAGAGCUGACAGUAAAAGAUUUGCUCUACUUUUUUUAAUAUAUAUAUGAAUAACAUUGUGCUACCAAUGAGGUCAUUUUCUACCAGAGACAAUGAGAAGACUAGUACUUUUCCCAAGAUAGGUAAAAAUAGUCUUGGACUCAUAACUGAGUAAAUAAAUAUUCCUGAAAAGAUGACUUUACAGUUAAUUUACCAUAGGUAAGCAAAAGAAUCAAUUUUCCAAGUUAUCAAGGUUUAAUUUCUAUGGUUAGAAUGCCUAUGCGUAGAGUGUGUUGGAAACCAGAAACUUCCUUGGAAAUCCUUCUGAACAUGAGUUUGGUACCAUAUGCUUAGGUUUUAGCGCUGGUAAUUUUAAAGCCAGACCAACAAAUGAAGAAUGGUGGAAGCUAGAAUUCUGGGGCCCCACUUUUGUUCUUAAUUUUUGUUACACUUUCCAGGUAUCAUUGGCCAGUCACUUAACCUCUCUGUGCCUCAGUUUCCUCAUCUGCAAAAUGAGGUGGAAAUGCUUUUUCAUAAAGAUAUGGGGCUUUUCUUUUUGUUUUGGGUUUUUUUUUGUUUGCAAUCUCGGAACAAGAGGUGCUUCAAGUAGCACAAAGUGCUUUGUAAUGAUUAUGACUAUUAUAUUAUUUGACAUUCUUGUUUGUUGAGAAAAAGUCCCCUGUGUAAUAAAAUAAGUUGGGUUUGGUUAGGUUCAGUCUACACAUGGCAGCACUGAAGCUACCCCAUCAAACUACUUGGGACAUUACUAGCAAUAAAGAAUGAGAUAUACAGAGCUAAGAUCUGUAACAAUCUAGAGCAAAUAGAUCAUCUCAUGCUAUUAAACAAGAUAGAGAAGUGUGUUGUUUCCGUGAUAAGCAU